GAGGGGCUAGUGGAUGUAGCUCUAGCUGUGGGCCGGGGGGAGAGCUACCUAGCCCGGGCUGCUCUGCCGAAACAUCCAUGGGUGGCUGUGUCGGGAGCCACCACGACUCCUCGGGCAGCCUAAACGAGAACUCGGACGGCACUGGAGUGGCUCUAGGGCGUAACCAGCCCCUGAAGAGAGAGCGGCCUAAAUGGAAAAGUGACUACCCAAUGACUGAAGGCCAGCUGCGCAGCAAGAGAGAUGAGUUCUGGGAUACGGCGCCAGCGUUUGAGGGCCGGAAGGAGAUCUGGGAUGCGCUGCGAGCUGCGGCCAGCGCCUUUGAGAGCAAUGACCACCUGCUGGCUCAGGCCAUCCUUGAUGGAGCCAGCAUCACACUGCCGCACGGGGCUCUGACUGAAUGUUACGAUGAACUGGGGAAUCGAUACCAGCUGCCAGUCUACUGCCUCUCUCCCCCAGUCAACAUGAUCGAGGAGCGCUCCGAAGAGCCCGACGGUUCAGAUCCAGAUUCUGGGGCUGCUGAUCCGUCCACAGGCAGUGCCAGCGACCCUGGUUCAGGAGGGGAGUGCCAGCUGCGUCUCCGGCUCUCCACUGGUCGAGAUCUCCGGCUGGCCGUUCGUUCUUCGGACACGGUGGGCAUGAUGAAACGGCGUCUACAAAGUCAGGAGGGCGUGCCGGCCCCCACCCAGCGCUGGUUUUUCUCAGGACGGCCUCUGACUGACAGGCUGCGUUUGGACCAACUCAACAUCUCCAGGGACUAUGUGGUACAGGUGAUCCUCAGCCAGCCUCCACCCCCAGAGCCGCUGUCUACGGUAGGACACACGCCAGAGGCCUCUGGGCGAGGGCUAGAGGAAGGAGUAGCUGCACUGCCACAGGAGCCAACGCCUGUGGAGAAUUAACUCCCCUCACUGUGGCUGCCUGGAGGCAGGAAUACCAACAGGCUUCCUGUUUAAAAGGAGGAUAACAAGGGAGAAAAAAGGAUGAAAGUUGAUUCUGACUUUUCUCUUUUGAUUUGCACUCUUCUCUUCUCUUCUCUUCUCUUCUCUUCUCUUCUCUUCUCUUCUCGGUAAGCUGCUUUUGUUCUGAGGAGGUUUUUCUUUGUUGGCUGUUUGCUGGAGAAAAAGACUAUUGAAUUGAGAAAAGACUCUUCCUUUUGGUUUUACACGUCAAAAUUUUGACCUUUUUGAAGUCUUUUUAACUGUUCCUAUGGAAACCAAACAACAAAACCAGAACUUUGUCGGAUGGCUAAAAGGGUUUUCUUAGCAACACUGAUGAUCGAAUGUUUCUGUGUUUCCAUUCAAGUUCAGCUCUCUGGCACAGCUCAUUAGAAAUCUGUUUAUAAGGCUACAGGGUUAAACAUUCAUUCAUUACCAAGAUUUUCAAACUGGGCAGUUUACAGAGAAAGAAAUACAGUUACUCAACAAUCAUUCGUUGUUAUCCGCACUCAGGAUUAAGUCCGUAGACUAAAACAGCUGUAAAGGAAGGUUGAUGCUGUUUAGCAAGAAGACAUGUCCUCAGUGUGAUCAACACAGUUUCAUUCAGGGGGCAUGAUAAUGUUCUACCAAGCUUUACUUCACUCUGCUUCACAAAACAAUCAGAUCAAUCAUUGAAUAAACAUCAACUUAUUAGCCUGUGUGUGUGAGUGGGUAUUCAUAUACGUUAAGAUGCAUUCACACAGACUCAUUUUCAAAAAGGAUGGAAGUUCAGAAACACAGUUGCAUAUUUUGAUUAAGAAUAAAAUGUUUUUAAUUAAAAUUGACCAUUGUUUCUAUUCCUCUGUCUCUGUCUUCAUGUUUGUCCAAACUGUGCCCAUGUUUAGUUGGUGAAGUGCAAAAGUCAUAAUGAUAGGAUACUUUAUGUUCUCUUUACAGCCUU